CAUUUUCAGCGAUAAUUUUCUUUCAGAUACAGUACUCGGCUCAAACAAUUGUUAAUGUAUUCAAAUUUUGCUGCCACGCAUUGAUGUUUUAAUUCAGCUGUUUCAAAAUGAUGCAGCACCAGUAUUGGGUAACUAAGAAGACUGUGUUGAAAAAACUAGGAACCAAAGAAGACGAGUGUAUAGUUUCGUCCGAUGCCGAGUUAGACGCGAAACUGGAGUUGUUUCGAUCAAUAUCAGAUAGUUGUUUGCAAUUACAAAGGGUUUUAGACCAAUAUCAGGAGCGUUUGUGCGUGUUAGCGCAAGAGGAGAACGCAUUAGGGAAGUUUUUGCGGGAUUCGGGUAAGAGUAAUGAUGCAGCUGGUAAACACAUGGUGUCGGCUGGCAAGGCGAUAUCGUACUCGGGUCAGCAGCGUCUGUCUGUGAGAGCGCCUUUGUUAAGGUUGUACCAUGAAGUGGAAACGUUCAGAGGGCGCGCAGUGAGCGAUAUGAGGGCGACGGUAUCUGCUAUGGAGAAGGCCCGCAUCGAAUACAGAGCUGCAUUGAGUUGGAUGAAAUCUACAAGUGCGCAGCUGGACCCGGACACGGGCCGCGGGCUAGACAACUUCAGGAAGGCCCAGAGACAAGUGCGAGAAAGUAAAAAGGUUUUUGAUAAGCUAACACUUGAUGUGCUGCAAAAGAUUGAUCUUCUAGCUGCAGCGCGAUGCAACAUGUUCUCCCAUGUCCUAACAAACUACCAAAGCUCCUUUUUAACAUUUGGCACAAAAGUGUCCCAAACUCUCUUGGCCACAGCUGACACGAUGAACGCUAAGCCUAUGUACGAGUUCUGUAUACUUAAGGAGUUGUCCCAGAACUUGGGGGAGGGAGAUGGAGAACAGAAACAAGAGGAGAUAGUACCGCAGGAUAAGGAUCAAAUGUUAUUUUUCCAGGACGAAUACAAAGAUAACAAUGACAACAACCGAAAGCCAAAACCAACAGAGGCCAACAAGAGUGACCAAAGAGACGAGGCCAAACCUAACCCAGACAAAGUCGAGGCUCCACCAGAUUCCGCAAAUCUUAUAGAUGUUGUGGAGUCAACCGAAGAAAGUAUCAGUGCUGAUCUGGCCGGGUUGAGGAUGGAUUGUGGUGACGUGGCCGGCAACUUUGGGAUGUUCAUGCCUUCCCAGCUGUUACAGGAUAUGAACACACCCAGUUUAAUUGAGGAAACCCUCAUACCAGUGAAUCCUGAAAAGAGCCAGCUCCCCGAAUCAACUGAGCCGAAUGCCUCCAAACCAAAGAUUAAUCAGAAGAAGGAAGACAAGGCCGCUUGGUUCAAGCUUUUUGCAGAGCUGGACCCUCUUGCGAACCCAGACAGCCUUUUGGGCUCUAAUAAUAACCAGAGUCAUGCAGCUUAGGCAUACAGUCCAAAGGUAGGUGACAAAGAUUUUACUGCAUUUGAUUCUGCACCUUGCUGCUGUAUAAGUAAAGUCUGUUUUUGAAAAAUUCUUGUACCAUCGCCCAAAUUGUUAACUGUACAUCGGUGGACCUUAUGCCUAUUGUAAUAAGGUCCACCGAAGUACAGUUAACAGUGUUGCUGUUUCUAGUGUUUCUACCUACUUGUUUUGAUAAAAUGCCUAGCCAUUGAGGUAGACUUAUUCACUUUGAACAC